UGAGUAAUCUCCCAACUCAUCUCUGCCACGCAUUUUAAGCAAUCGUUUGGUUUCUAAGAGACGACAGAAUGGUCGGAAUUCAUUGGUAAUAAAUGAUAAUAACAACAAAAAUGAUGAACACGGAUGUUGAGGGGAAUGUCUAGAAGAAAAAUGUGAUGCAUGUUCCUCUCCUUUACUAUGAAAGGCGAAAUUUUGAUGCAGUCAACCGAAGUGUCAAAUACUUCACCAAUGGAUCUAAACAUUGAUCCAGAAAAGCAGAGAUUUCCGUUCUGUAUUGUCUGGACUCCAAUUCCUAUACUAUCAUAUUUGAUUCCCCUCUUGGGACACAUUGGCAUAGCAACGUCCUCUGGGAUUAUCCGAGACUUUGCAGGACCAUAUGUAGUACAAGAAGAUAAUAUGGCUUUUGGGCAGCCUACAAAGUAUUGGCAGUUAAAACAUACCUCUGUUAGUGGCAGUGCUCAAGCAUGGGAUGCUGCCAUUAGUGAGGCUGCUGAAGUUUAUAAGACGAGAAUGCACAACCUAUGUUGUGAUAACUGUCAUUCUUUUGUGGCUUUGGCACUGAACUUAAUGAAUUAUAACAAUUCGAGGACUUGGAAUAUGUGCAGUGUGGGAUUAUCUAUGACGAUACAUGGAAAACACAUUGGGCUAGCUGGGUUCCUAAAGACCUGGUUACCAUUUGUUGUAAUUGUCAUGGGCCUUUUCAUACUAUUUAACUUAAUUUAAGUUUAAAUGAAAAUAGGUAAUUUCAUGCUUUCUCAAUAUAAUAUCAAGAAAAAUAAUGU